UAUGUGUCGACAAGUAGUGUAUCCUCUGUAAAGUGCGUGUUUUUUUUCAAAUCAAUGAUAGCCGAUCAUGGCUGAGGAGUUACUAGUGGUACUUAAUCGCAGUGAGAACUCUGGAUUUGGAUUUUCCCUUCUAGGAGAGCCCGGCUUGCCACCCAUCAUCUACAAUAUCCUGGACGAUUCUCCAGCCGCUGAAAGCGGAGAGGUUGAAGUCGGCGAUGUGAUACUCAAAGUAAACGAGACAGAUGUCAUAAGAUUUAGUACGAAAGAGGUUUUAAAAUGUCUGCGGUUAUCAUCUGAUCCUGUCACGCUAAAAAUUAAACGCGAUCCCAAGAUAAAGGCGACUGUUCGAAAGCACCUGCUCUCUGUAAACACUACCGGCGAAGGCGACAAGACGACCAAGAUACCUGGAGUACACCACAAUUCCCCCAGGCCGGAACCAGCCGUCCACAAGGCCCACCACCAGCAUGGUCGGUUCGGGACGACCAACGGUAGCUGCGCGGAACAGGAGCCGCUCCUCGGCCGCCAUCAGGAAGCCCCAGAGGAAAACGAGAGACUGCAGUGGCAGCCGCUGGCAGCUAACGAGAAGUCCAAGGGACAGCCUAAGUUCGAGGCAUACAUGAUGACUGGAGAGCACAUACUCAAUAUCUCGCGCAUGCCUCAGACUACCAUUGUUCCGAAGCAACAGAAAAAAGUGGACAAUUUGAGGUAUCACAACAGCCACGCCCACCACUUACGCCAUCAGCAGCACAACUCAGUGCCAAACAGCCCAAACGAGAUGGACCUAGGCCACCGGGUGGGCGGCAAGUCGGGCCCCAACUCUGCCAGUACUUCCCCCGUCAGUGCCAACAAGAGGGAUCAGCACCAACAUUCCCCCGCAGAUCCCUACUCCUCCAACAAUUACGUACGGACGAGCCGGUCCGAGGACCAACUUCAAGGACAGCAGAACGACCUGUGCAGCGUCAGCGUCGCUAAUGCCGAAGCCGACGAGGACGUCACCAGCUCCCUCAAUACUCUCCUGGAUACUCGGCCCGAAUCAGCAGGCUGCACUAGUGAUAGUGACCGGAUAGUCUGGACAUACAACGCCCCCAUCUCCGACCACCACAAAUUCGCCCACACCCUCUCCAACGGCAGCAGUUCUUCUCACAGCAACAUCUCCCCGACAUCAUCCAGUCCCCUGCACUCAGGAUCCCCAGCCUCACCCACAUCAGUGUCUUCCUCUGUCAUGUCAAGUCAAUCGGGCUCUAGACGUGUACCCUUCUCUCUGCCAAACGGGCCCGCCGGUCAGCACACUGGGGACUACAGUGUAUCCGAGGCGGUUUCGAAUAUCUCCAGCCCCGAUUAUCGGGAUGACGACAGUGUCGGCAUCAGGGACUGUGUUAUGGAAAUUAGUGAUCAUAGUGACAGCGACAGUACUUUGUUGGUGUCGGAACCGAGGCAGAGGUACGUGAGGGUGCAUGGGAACGCCGCGGGCACGGAUAGUGAUCAUCGUAUUGUGAUACAAGUGAAGGGACCUGAGAAGGACAGGGCUAAGCAGAGCGACAGUGCUUCUACGCUUAAGAGUGAACCAUGUGGAUAUCAGAUAUCAAGUGAUUCGACUCUAGAAGGUGAUUACGAAGAGGAGAGCGUAAAGGAAGGUGCUAACAAGUCAUCCCCCUUAUCCUCGGAGGACGAGAGUGAUGUGGAAAGUCUUCACAGCUUCCAUUACUCACCAAAAGCAGUGGACAUGCCUUCGGCGAUCAGGUUGGCCAAGAGGUUGUAUAGUCUCGAUGGGUUCAAGAAAUCCGACGUUUCAAGACAUUUAAGCAAAAAUAACGAUUUCAGUAGGGCUGUGGCUGAGGAAUACUUAAAGUAUUUUAACUUCGAAAAAGAUACGUUAGAUAUAGCUUUACGAAAGUUCCUUAAACAAUUCUCUCUCACUGGUGAAACUCAAGAGAGGGAGAGAGUUCUCGUUCAUUUUUCUAAGAGAUAUUUAGACUGUAACCCGGGUUCAUUUAAUUCACAAGAUGCUGUUCACACUUUGACGUGCGCCAUCAUGUUGCUCAACACCGACCUGCAUGGCCAGAACAUCGGCAGGAAGAUGACGUGCAAUGAAUUCAUAGAAAACCUAGCCGGUCUCAAUGAAUGUGAAAACUUCCCCAGAGAGGUCUUGAAACAGCUAUACCACGCCAUAAAGAAUUACCCACUAGAGUGGGCACUAGACGAAGAGAACGAGGAAGCCAGUGCGCAGCCCCAGAUGAGGAACAAUGAAGCCGUGAAUUUGGGCGGAAACCCAUUCCUGGACGUUCCCAUCUCUGCCAAUGCGGUGGAGUACAAGAAAGGUUACGUCAUGAGGAAGUGCUGUUACGAAGCUAAUGCCAAAAGAAGCCUUUGCUGCAUUUUUCUAGCACCGUUUCACAAGCGUAGUUGGAAGAUGUUCUAUUGCACGCUGCGGGAUCUCGUAUUGUACCUACACAAGGACGAGAAUGGCUUCAGGAAGAACCAGAUGGGCGACAACCUGCAUAACGCCAUCCGGAUACAUCACGCUCUCGCCACCAAGGCAUCGGACUACACGAAGAAGCAGUACGUGUUCAGGCUACAGACGGCAGACCAAGCCGAAUAUCUAUUUCAAACUAGUGAUUCGAAGGAACUGCAGUCCUGGAUAGACACGAUAAAUUUCGUGUGCGCCAGCUUUUCGGCCCCGCCUUUGGAGGCAGCCGUCGGAUCUCAGAAGAAGUUCCAAAGGCCGCUCUUGCCAUGCAGCCAUACAAAGUUGAAUUUGAGAGAACAGCUGGCAGAUCACGAGGAGAGAGUAAUGAGACUGGAAGCUAUGUUGGACGAGCAUCGAAGGUCGCCCCCUGAAAAAGGUUCUAAAUCGCAGGUUGUACAGAAUUACAAGGAAAAAGAAGCUUAUUUAAAUUAUGAGCUAAAGCGUUACAGAACAUACUCGUACAUGUUGCGUUCGAAGAUGUCGCAGUACCCAGAGCUGGGUAUAAGCUUGGCGGAGAACAGCAUAGGUGAAGUUGACGAGGCCAGCGGCGGGGUGACGCUGAUGGACGGCGCCGUAGGAAUUGUGCCCCCUCCCAUACCGGACAGGCCGUCGCCCACAGUCAAUAGGUGUAGUUUUACUGUUGUGCACAUUACUUACUAUCCUGAUCAACAUUCUCUCUUCCCAAGGAAAGGUCCACAGUGAAAUUUGGAAUCGGCCGAAAAAUCAAAUGUUUUACUCCCCUAACAAAUGCCACUUGUGCAAUAGAAGACUCAUUGGAAUUUUAAAAAACUUUAAAAUUUACUUAGAAGAUAAGAAAAUGAAGCAUAGCAUGGUUAUCAAAAAUAUUAUAAGUAACUUAUAAUUUGCCAAAGAAAUUUAUUGUACAUUUUAUUAAAAUUAUGAUUAAAAACGAUGGUAUUGUGUCAUUAGCGUAUAUGCUUUUUUUCCACAUAAUAGAGCUUUUUGCUGAUUUUAUAUAUUUUCAUGUAUAUAUUGUAGCUUAUCUGUAAAUUUUUAUU